ACGCGCGUUUUCUGGAAUUACGUCAUCUAAUCACUUCCCGUUACAGUAAAAGUGCGGAAGUGCUUUACCACUGCUGCCCGAAACUUUGCUCGUUUCAAUUCGGUUUUUAUUCCUUAUACGUGUGAUCAGAAAAUAUGGCGUACCCAGGGUAUAACACUUAUGGUGGUCCAAUGCCAGGAGUCCCAGCUCAGGGUAUGGCAAUGCCUGGAGCCCCGGCGGGAAUUCCUCAGGCAGGUGGAUACCCGCCUCAACCCUAUGGGGGGUACCCAGGGACCUUUCCUGCCCCCCCUGCUCAAGACCCAAUGUUGGGAUAUUUCACAGCCAUAGCUGGUCAGGAUGGUGAGGUUGAUGCUGAAGAACUGCAAAGGUGCCUGACCCAAACUGGAAUCAGCGGUUCCUACAAUCCUUUUAGUUUGGAAACAUGCAGGAUUAUGAUCGCCAUGCUGGAUAGAGAUCACACAGGAAAGAUGGGCUUCAAUGAGUUUAAAGAACUGUUUCAAGUGCUUAAUGGCUGGAAGCAGAACUUUGUGAUGGUGGAUCGGGACGGCAGUGGAACCGUGGAACCUCAUGAGUUGUCCCAGUGUUUUACCAACAUGGGGUACAGAGUUAGUCCACAGGCAUUGAACUGCAUCGUCAAACGUUACAGCCGCUCAGGAAAGAUUUACUUUGAUGACUACGUGGCGUGUUGUGUGAAGCUAAGAUCACUAACAGACCUUUUCAGGAGGAGAGACACGAUGCAGCAGGGCAUGGUGAACUUCCAAUAUGAUGAUUUCAUCAUGUGCACCAUGGCUAUCUGAGGAUGUUUCAUCACAGGCAUGCCUGCCAAAAGUACAGAAUAACUGGGCCCAGCAAGAUAUAUACAGAUAUUUAUACAUUAUGUAUGGGCAUUAAAAUACUGUAUUUGCUAGUGCAUUGUAUGUGGAAAUAGGAGCAAACCGUAUAUUGCUAAAAAAAACAUACAUUUUUGUGCCAAUCACAUUUAUUAGCAUUUAAAUAACAUUUCAUAUUCAUUCUUUGUGAUGUUUAAACUCUGUAUACUAUGUAAAACUGAAUAUAACCAGUUAACAAAUACGCUA